AAUCUUUCAUCUUUUCUUCAUUACAUUUCGAUUUCUCUGUUCUCAAACCAUUUUGGACCAAAAGAGGAAAGCUAAAGCCACAGUUACAGCAGGUUCUUCUUCAAAGGACCCAAAAAGGAGUGUUUUAGAACUCUAAUCCCAAGCAAUGCAGACUCCAAAACCUAGGCCUGGAUCGUUGGAGGUGCCUCAGAAGAAAUCUCCUACAGCAACUUCUAAAACUGCUCGUAAGCUCAAGACUGCAGAAUCCGACCCUGUCUCGUCUCCUAACCCGAAAAUCAGGACACCGAAAACUCAAAGCCCAAAAGUAGUUACUGAUCGCCGUUCUCCAAGAACCCCUGUAAAUGAGAUUCAGAAGAAACGGACAGGAAAAACAUCCGAAGUGGCAUCUCAGAUAUCUCAGCUUCAAGAGGAGCUAAAGAAGGCAAAGGAACAGCUAAGCGCUACAGAAGCUUUGAAGAAGGUAGCUCAAGAUGAAGCAGAGGAAACAAAGCAGCAGUUAAUGGAGAUCAAUGCCUCGGAGGAUUCCAGGAUCGAUGAGCUUCGUAAGCUAUCUCAAGAACGAGACAAAGCGUGGCAGUCUGAACUCGAAGCAAUGCAGAGACAGCACGCCAUGGAUUCCGCUGCUCUAUCUUCUACUAUGAACGAGGUCCAGAAAUUGAAAGCACAGCUAUCUGAAUCUGAAAAUGUUGAGAACUUAAGGAUGGAACUCAACGAGACGCUGUCACUGGUCGAGAAACUAAGAGGUGAGCUGUUUGAUGCAAAGGAAGGGGAAGCUCGUGCGCAUGAAAAUGUGUCGGGAACUGAAAAGCAAUUAGAGAUAGCGAACUUGACGCUUGAGAUGUUACGUUCAGAUAGUAUGAAGAUGUCGGAAGCUUGUAAUUCACUAACAACUGAGCUAGAGCAGUCUAAAUCCGAGGUAAAGUCACUAGAGCAACUUGUGAGACAGCUUGAGGAAGAUGAUGAAUCCCGAGGAAACGCUAACGGGGACUCAUCGUCAGUGGAAGAGCUCAAUAAAGAGAUAAAUGUUGCAAGGCAAGAGAUUAGCCAAUUGAAAUCUGCAGUGGAAGUAACUGAGAGAAGGUACCAUGAAGAGUAUAUCCAGAGCACGUUGCAGAUCAGAACUGCUUAUGAACAAGUCGAGGAAGUAAAAUCCGGAUAUGCGCAGAGAGAGGCCGAGUUGGGGGAAGAACUGAAGAAAACUAUAGCUGAAAGAGAGUCUUUGCAUGAACGGUUGAUGGAUAAGGAAGCUAAGCUCAGGAUACUCGUCGAUGAAAACGAGUUACUUAACUCGAAAAUCAAAGAAAAAGAAGAAGUAAACUUAAACUUGGAGAACAACUUGAACCAGAAAAAGCCUGAGGAUACGGCUGAACUCAAGAAGCUAGAAUCCGAUGUGAUGGAGUUGAGAGCGAAUCUAAUGGACAAGGAGAUGGAGCUGCAAAGCGUAAUGUCGCAGAACGAGAGUCUCAGGAGCGAAAUGGAGACAAUCCAGAGCGAGAAGAACAAGGUUAUCGACGAGGCCUUAGCGAAGCUUGGGAGUCUGACAGAGGAAGCAGAUAAGAGUGGGAAGAGAGCCGAAAAUGCAACAGAACAGCUAGGGGCUGCACAAGUCACCAACACUGAACUAGAAGCUGAGCUGAGGAGACUCAAGGUUCAGUGUGAUCAAUGGAGGAAAGCAGCUGAAGCCGCAGCUACAAUGCUCUCUGGUGGUAACAACAACAAUAACAGUAACGGGAAGUACGUGGAGAGAACAGGAUCGCUAGAGAGCCCGUUGAGGAGGAGAAACGUCAACAUGUCGCCUUAUAUGGGUGAAACGGAUGACGAAUUGUCAUCGCCAAAGAAGAAGAAUGGGAGUAUGCUGAAGAAGAUUGGUGUGUUACUGAAGAAAAGUCAGAAAUGAUCAUUGAAGUUCAGGAAAAAAAAACCACCAUUGUCUGUCUGUAAUAUUCGCUUGUUUUUUUCAUAAGUUUCAAUGUGUAGACAUGUUUUUGUUGCCUAAAACUGUAUUGUGAACUACUUUUGUUUUUCCUUCUAUUGACGUAGCUGAAACUCUGAUCAACAUUUAUGAAGCUGAACUUGGUUGUUACUUACACCAUCUUUGCUCUUCUUGUUCUAAUCGUGAUUGCUCAUCUCGCCAUUCGAUAAAGAUGCAGAAAUAUU